UAUCGUUGUUAUGCAUCGUGUCGAACAAUGUGGUGAGGACGGCUAAAUCCUCAAAUUCAAACACAACAUUAUUUCAGCACCCAGUGUCGGGCAAUUCUACUGCAGUUUCAGACCAUCUUCUGCAAUAGUACUAGUGGGGAAAGAUUGCCACGUCUACGAGUUCCCUUCUUUGCGCUCAGGCAUCCAAUCUUGACCUUGUUAAGCACCACGGCCUGCUCUAGUUCCUACAAUGUCAGCAGAUGCCAGGCGGAGCAGGUCACAUAGCGAUGACGAGUCAUCCUCUCCGAUACCAUCGCCAGGUUCUGGCACUCAAGAUCGUGGUCGAUCAAGAACACGGCGGCCUUCUAAUCAGCUUCCAGAACACCACAUGAGAAAACGGUGAGAUCCAUCUUACCCUCGCCAUUACCGGCUUCAUUGACGAGGUGCGCUAGAGGGUAUCACUCUUUUAUGACUUCCUUUGGCAAGAUGUUUCACGUGGAGAAGCGCUGGAAGCUGGUACGAGAAAUGGGUUCGGGUGCAUAUGGCGUCGUCGUAUCUGCAGUAGACGAGAUCUCUGGUGAAACGGUGGCUAUUAAACUCGUCACUCGAAUAUUUGACAAAGUCCAGCUUGCGAAACGGGCACUGAGAGAGGUUACUCUCCUUCGGCAUUUCUCAAGCCAUGAGAACAUUACUGGAUUGAUUGAUGUGGAUGCCAUCUCCCCCGAUUUUCAGGAGAUACUACGACUUGAACCUUGCGCUGAACCUUUGGCAGCGGAUUUGCACCAAAUCAUAAAGUCCGGCCAGCAUUUAAGCAACGAACAUGUGCAGUACUUCCUAUACCAGAUUCUUCGUGGCAUGAAAUACGUCCACUCGGCCGCCGUCAUCCACCGAGAUCUGAAGCCAGGCAACUUACUCGUUAAUUCUGAUUGUGAACUGAAGAUAUGCGAUUUUGGCUUGAGUCGGGGAUUUGGCUCUGCCCCAGACGAGCAAGUAGGCCAUCUCACGGAAUAUGUAGCCACCAGGUGGUACAGGGCGCCAGAAAUCAUGCUGGCCUUCAGAGCCAUCGAUGUUUGGUCGAUAGGCUGUAUAUUUGCAGAGCUUAUGCUUGGACGCCCCCUGUUCAAGGUUGAUCAACUAAACAAGAUUCUUGAUGUUCUUGGAACCCCAGAAGAGGACGUGAUCAAUCGAAUUGGGAGCGAUAAGGCACAGCUUUAUAUCCGCUCACUUCCAGUUAAGAAGGCCGUACCACUGCGGAAGUUGCUUCCGACUGCUGAUGUGCAGGCCCUGGAUCUCUUGCAGAAAAUGCUGUCUUUCGACCCUUCGGCGCGCAUCUCAGUUCCUGACGCGCUCGCACAUCCCUGGCUGGCAUCCUACCAUGAAGAAACCGAUGAGCCCGAUUGUCCUACCGCUUUUGAAAAGUGGAGAGACAUCGAGAAGCUCGAGACUCUUGAAGAUUUCAGGAAGGCACUAUGGGAGGAAAUAGAGGAUUACAGGAUGGAAGUGCGAGGUAUCACACGUGAGCCGGCAGCGCCUGGCCCCCAUGAAAAUGCUCGCGGAGAGGACACCUGCGUUUCUGAAUCGCGGAGAAUGGACAGCCCCGAAGUUAUAAAGGAGAAUGUAGUCUCGGAUAGUCUUGCCCUGCCAGCUGCCUUGGACUACUUCCGUCCGUGCAUACCUGAAGACCCCGUCGUCAACUAUGCACGGCGCUCCAGCAUACUUCAACCACAACGCCAGCCGUCCACAUCUACGUAUAACUCACCACCAGCGUCAACCACGCAACACCCAUUCGUACCUAUGUUUGAUGGCCUGCCAACCAGUGCUAGUGGUAUCGUGUUUCCUAACGAAGGAUACAUUCUACCUGCUCGUUCCCGUGCGGCCUCGACUGCAACAGCAGCAGGGGGUGAAAUAGCAGUGCAGAAAUUGUUGCGGACUUUGUCGACGGUAUCAAUCCACGAGAGUCUGCUGGGGGGGUUGGCCGGUGUGGCGCCUAUCGGCAAAUUCAUUGUCGGGCAAGAAUCCGAAACAGAUGCCCCACCCAGUGAGAUGCCGAUGGAGUUCAGUGUUCGCACCAGGAAGGAAGGGGGAAGGAGUUAGUUAUACAAUUUUGUCUUGCAUAGAAUCAUCACAGUUUCCAAUGUAGAAUCUAUCGAUACACAUGAAUUGCAAAUUUCAACGAGGUUGCUGCGA